AUGCCAGGGCCAGGGCCAGUCAACACCCGCUACAACAGUGCCCGACUCGGGCAAGUGGACUUUUGUCAGCACACGGAAAAGACAGAGAAAGUGAAAUGUUUGCUGGGGGAAAAUUCUGGUGAACAGGAUUCAAGGUCUGGAAAGAAGGAGGCUAAGGAGAAGGUGUGGUCACACUCAGGCCAGCAGGAAACAACACCCGUCACCAGCAAAAGGACCUCCACCCUCACAGAAGAUGUUCCGGCCCCACCUGCCCCAUUUACUCAUCGAAUUGUCACCAUCAAACAAGCAGCAGUCAGCAGUUUCUAUACUGUGAACAGGACAGAGAUGUUGGGAAGGGGGCGCUUUGGCCAAGUUCACAAGUGUGAGGAGAAAGCCACAGGUCUGAAACUGGCAGCUAAAAUUAUUAAGACCAGAGGCACUAAGGACAAGGAUGAAGUAAAGAAUGAGAUAAACAUCAUGAACCAGUUGUACCACGUGAACCUCAUUCAGCUGUAUGACGCCUUCGAGUCCAAGAAAGACAUGGUUCUGGUCAUGGAGUACGUGGAUGGAGGGGAGCUGCUGGACCGGAUCAUUGAUGAAAACGACAAUCUGACAGAGCUCGAAGCCAUCCUGUUCAUUAAGCAGAUCUGCGAGGGGCUCAGGCAUAUGCACCAGAUGUGUGUCCUCCAUUUGGACCUGAAGCCUGAGAAUAUCCUAUGUGUGAAUCGGGAUGCUAAGCAAAUAAAAAUCAUUGAUUUUGGAUUGGCCAGAAGAUAUAAACCCAGAGAGAAACUGAGGGUGAACUUUGGCACGCCUGAAUUCCUUGCCCCUGAGGUUGUGAAUUAUGACUUCGUGUCCUUCCCUACUGACAUGUGGAGUGUGGGAGUCAUCGCUUACAUGCUACUUAGCGGCCUGUCCCCGUUCUUGGGUGAUAAUGACACAGAGACGCUGAACAACAUCCUAGCCUGUAGGUGGGACCUGGAGGAGGAAGAAUUUCAUGAUGUCUCAGAGGAAGCCCGGGAGUUCAUCUCCAAGCUCCUGGUUAAGGAGAAAAGCUGGAGAAUUAGUGCCAGUGAAGCAGUGAAGCACCCUUGGUUGUCAGACCACAAGCUGCGCUCCAGACUCAAUGAGCAGGUGACCGCCUCUUCCUGCCUGUCCUUUUGUGGGUCACAUGUUAGAGGCUAG